AUGUCUCAAUCCGCCCCACCGGAUUCAAAUUCAACCGACGACCACCCGGACGCACCCCUGCCGAUCGAGCCCUACCACGAUGACGAAUGCUCGCGUGUGUCUUCGCGACCAUCGCUAGUAGAAUACGAGCCGCGUCCUUUAGCCGAUGGUGAAUGGGAAGAGGUAGCGGAGGCUGCUAGGCCGCGGCAUGCAUGGCAGGCGAAACUUCGAGUUUUCUGGUUACGGAAUAAGGGGAUGUUCUUAGUGCUCCUUGCGCAGGCGUUUGGAGCAUCUAUGAAUGUUAUGACGCAGUUAUUGGAGAUUCAAAGCUCCAUGCAUCCUUUUCAGAUUCUAUUCGCCCGAAUGUCUAUCACCGCACUAGCAAGCUACAUUUACAUGUGGUACGCACGUGUACCCUCACCAUUCGGUACAAGCGAAGUACUAGGCCUUCUUAUUACUCGCGCUGUAUGCGGGUUUCUGGGUGUAUACGGGAUGUACUACUCAGUUCAAUACCUUGAGCUGGCUGAAGCAACCGUUGUGACCUUCCUCGCACCGAUAUUAACUUGCUAUGCCUGUUCAUUGUUAAUACCAGGCGAAACAUUCUCUAAGCGACAGCAACUCGCAGCACUAGUUUCACUAGCGGGUGUGGUACUGAUCGCACGACCAUUCCGUACUCGUGAUAACACAGAAACCGGAGAGGAGUCAGCUCGUCCUGGUAGUGACUCCACUCAACAUAUCUUCGCGACGAUCGUCGCGUUUAUUGGAGUUCUCGGUGCAGCAGGCGCUUACACUUCUAUCCGAAUGAUUGGAAAACGAGCACACCCCCUCGUAUCGGUAACAUAUUUUUCCAGUGUGACAACAAUCAUCUCAUUGGCAGCGAUGAUUACCCCUUGGAUCCCAUUUCGAGUCCCAACCACAGUGAUCGAGUGGACACUUCUGGCCGGACUUGGUGUUUGUGGAUUCUUACUCCAGUUCCUGUUAACCGCUGGGUUAUCCUACGUUCCUCCUCGGGAAGUUGCCUCGAGUAAAGCAGGACAAGGAUCGCGGGCGACAAGCAUGGUGUAUACGCAGAUGGUAUUUGCGGUGUUUUAUGAUAAGGUGGUGUGGGGGGAGUACACUGUCUCCAGUGAGUGCGGCGGGGUCAGUGCUCAUCCUGGCCUGUGCGAUUUAUGUGGCGCUCCUGCAGGAGGGACGAUCGGAGCCGGAUUCAGUGGUGGAGGAGGAUGA